CAAGAACAGUUGGACAUUUAUAGUGAAAUUGAAACGGAAGAACUAGUGAAAAAGGUAAAAGAUCUUUUGAGUCAGUAUUCUAUCAGUCAAAGAUUAUUUGGAGAAAUGGUGCUAGGUCUUUCUCAAGGAAGUGUGAGUGAUUUAUUGGCUCGUCCCAAACCCUGGCUUAUGUUAACUCAAAAAGGUCGAGAACCAUUCAUACGAAUGCAAAUAUUUCUUGACGACCAA